AUGCUCAAAGGCCCCUGGGCCGAGGGAAGGUCGUCUUCCCAGCUUCCUCGCCAGAUAAACGCAACGGACUGGGACCCGCUGGCAUUUGCCAUCGUUCUUGAUAUCAUCCACGGGCGCAGCCGUGGGCUGCCGCUGCCAAAGAAUAUGAACAUUGGACUCAUGGCCCGCAUCGCUACAAUCUUCGAUUACUACCAAUCGAGCCCAGUCGGGCACGCCCAAACGAUCACCGCAAAAAUCACCGGAACGACUAGCCCUACGACCAGCUCAGGCCCCGACGAGGCGACCCUCUACUUCUGCCCCCAGAGGACUUUGAUUUGGUUGCUGAAAAGAACCCUAUUGCAACGCAAAACUGACUCAAAUCGAAACGUACGAUCUUCCCAUCGCGGGUAUACUAGGACAAGACCGCAUACAUCAAUUUUGUCCCCCAACUAUAUACGGUAUACCUACGACGAGCAAACAAACAACCAUGAUCUCCAUCACCUACGAGGUCGACCGACAGCCCGACAGCCCGACAUUGAACUUGUUUUGAACAACCCGAAUUCCCAACAGAUUGUUCCCGCUCUCCGUCUUAGCAAUGGCGGCAAUGAUUUUAACGACAUCGAGUUUGAUAACCCACCAUGUGUAGGCCGUUAUACCGUCCCAAGACCCAUCUACAACAACACAAACAACACACCCAUCAACAGCGAACGCGAGGCCGCUCCAUGGCCAGCAUCUAUCCGUCAGAUAAACACGAGUGAAUGGGACGCCACGGCCUUGGCUAUCGUUAUGGACAUGAUACACGGACGCUAUCGUGGCCUACCAAGAAACAUGAACCUUGGGCUCGUAGCCAGGAUCUCGACUAUUAUUGACUAUUGCCAGUGCCGUGAGGCCGUGUAUGUCUAUCUCAGAGACUGGCUUAAUGAGUAUGCACGAAGGGACAAUCUGCCACCACGACUGUGCAAGAUCUCUUUGUUGUGUCUUGAGGGACUGGCGCGGAUUGAUACGGCCGAUCUCCCUCUUGGAGGCAUUCUGGACAAAAUCGACAAAAAGAGACAGAGCCUCGUAUUAUAUUAUAUCUUAUCACUGGAUCAACUGCAGGAUCAUCUGAUCAAAGAAGAUGGAUGUCCGAUGAAGCAAGACCCCGAGUGCACUGCGCUCACACUGGGAGUCUUGAUGCGCGCAAGGCGCAAGAUGACCGAUUCCACAGGACCCCUCGAGCACCCUUUCGACGGGCACAGCGUCGCUUCUGUUCUAGGCAUGAUCACAGACAUCAAAGAGCCGUCACCACCGCAUGAUGACAUAUUCAGGCAUCACAGUUCUAGAUGGAACCGAACCUCCUACCCCUGUUGCAUCGGGGGUAGGAUACACCCCAGACUGGCCUUUGUCGAAGGCCAGAUUUUGUGCUUUUGUUUUACCAAACCCCUUGGGGACGUACCCGUAGUGGAGGAUUUGGCUGCCAGGAUGAUACCUUCUGAAGUCCAAGAGACUCAAGCCAUGAAGCACAUCAAAUACGAUGUUGAUUCGGCGGCGACGCUGAGAUCGUAUUGGAGGGCCCUCUCAACGUCCAGGGGAUCGUACCAGUCAUCCCGAACAAUCACUGCGACUAUGACUAUGAUCGUCAAAACGUCCAAUCUUUCGACAACCCAUCCUUUGAGGGGAGAAGUCAUCGUCAAUGUCCGAAUGCGAGUCUCCUCCCGGCAUCUGAUACUCGCCUCCAGCACGUUCCGUGCAAUGUUGGAGGGACCUUGGAUUGAGAAUCUCUCUCACUCUCAGCCUGGCCCUGCUCAGAUCAUGACCAGUGACUGGGACCCCGUCGCUCUCGCAAUUGUGAUGGAUGCAGUCCAUGGCCGUUAUAACGACGUCCCCGAGAAUAUCAACAUUGGACUGCUGAUGCGAAUCGCUGUCAUUAUGGACUACUAUGCAUUGCAUGAGUCCCUACGACACAUUGGUAACGUUUGGAUUACCAACUUACGCGCGUCCUGCGAGAUGCCGAAGUCGUCGCUCAAGACCAGUCUGAUGUGGCUGUCCGUCGCUUGGGUCUUUCCCCAAGAGGAAAUCAUGACUUCAAUGUCAAAGAUUAUCCUCAAGUGGUUUAGAGGUCUAAACAUGACGCUGGCCCUCCCUGUGGGUGACACUAUUGACACCAUCGAGGCGAAGAGACAGGAGCUAAUUCACAAGUUCCUGGCUUGUUUGCACGAGCUCCGUGGAAACCUCGUAAGAGAAGCAAGGUGCGCUGCCAUGAACAAUCCCGACUGCCCCAAUAUGAUGCUGGGCAAGUUGGCACGAGCCGAGCAGAGGCUUGGGACCCUCAACGGGCAUCCCGUCGCUCCCUUCAAGGGGCUCAGUAUCUCGGGGCUCAUCUCGGCAGUCGUCAAGUCGUCGGGGCAAGAGAUGCCAAUGGGAUACCUGGGGUACCCCAUGAGUCCCUUCCGCACCUGUUCAUGCACCCUUAUGUCGAGGUUGGCGGAUCUCUACCAGGAUGUUGAGCAAGAGAUCCGGGCUUUCGAGUGUUAA